AUGUCACAAACCUUGAAUCAGAGUCAGUCCUUCAAUUUAUCUGGAUGCAUUAUUAGUUUGAACCUCCGGAUCGAGUUAGCGAGCAAGGUCAAUGAAAGAGACGAACCUGUAGAACUCGCCAGUGUAAGCGAGGUGCAUAUUGACAAGAACAGGCCCUCAAUGGAGAACAAAGGCCUGCCGGAGCACAACUGUGAAACCCAUGAAGAGUCCGUGGCCGAGCUCAAAGAACGACUACGAUUUGCAGAACUGAACUGCUCAAAAUUAGGAGAGCUGUACCAAAAAUACAGACUGCGUUGGCUAGAAGAAAAUCAUCGAGCAACAAUCUUGGAGGAGUAUGCACCAGAUGGAGUCAGUACUGUCUCCUCUCGCCAGAUUGAAUGGGACACCUCUUCUCCCUUUCCAAAUAAUGUAGACGGCCUUGAGAAUCUAGGAGAAGACAUACCGUAG